GGUGACUCCGCCCCUUGGUAACUACGUCGCUCCUGAAAGGGAACUUCCGAGUUGCUUUUGGACUUCUGGAAGUCGUGGCGGUCGCUUUCAUUUUCGCGAGCUUCGAGUCCGUGACGCGCUCGUGACAUUUUAAACCGCAAACAAACAAAAAAGGAAAAAACAAACGAAAUGACGCUUCCGUCGGCGCACUGUACCUACCGGACCAUGAGCGUUUCUUCGGAACCGGGCUCGGCGACGCUGCUGUCGGCGGGCCAGCUCGGCGGUAUCAGCGGUAUCGGCGGUGGCACCGCGACCCUGCGCGCUGUCGGCGUCGCGCCGGGCGGCUUCUCCUCCGUGCAGUACGUCAACGGCGCCGUGGACGGAACCGCGCUCCACGGGAACGUGCGAUACCUCAUGCCCAUGCCCAUGCAGCGCGCCAACGAAUCCUACGUCGUGGUCAACCAGGCGCCCCAGAUGUUAACCCCGGUCUACCUGCAGAAUCUCCAGAGCGUCCAGAACCUCCAGAGCGUCCAGAACCUCCAAAGCGUCCAGAACAUCCAAAACGUCCAGCGCAUCAGCCUGGACGAAUCCGACAGCGUCCAGCAAAUCAGCAUCAACGGCCAGUCCUCCUCGGUCUUCAGUAAUCCAUCGAGCCCCGUCAAGAGCCCUGAGCCUCCAGAGGUGAUGUUGGAGAGCAGCAGCAGCAGCAUCCACGAAGCCAUCAAUAUUGACGUGAAGACGAACCUAACGAGUGAAUUGAAGACGGAUUUCGAGUACGAACCGGUAGCCAAACUCGACACGCGCUUCUUCGGAGAGCUUCUCGCAGAGGUCUACCGGAAAAACUGCGACAUCCACACCUGCAUCUCGGAGCACGUGGUGAAGAUGCGCGGACGAAAACACUUACUGGACCUCGAUUAUAAGGAGAAAGAAGACAUCGAACUCCUCAUUCCGAAAGGAGUGUCUGAACUGACGAAGCAGCAGAUACGCUACCUCCUACAGACGCGCAUGACAGCUGACAAGACCAUGCGCAUGCUCCUGAGCACCUUCAGCAGCCUGAGAGAAGAUCUGGUGCACCUGCAGGACGAUCUGAGGCGUCUGGAGAGUGAGAAAGAGCAGCUGGAGAGAGACCUGAGCUUCAAGGCUGACCAGGCCCAGCAGUACGACAGACUGAUGGAAACUGUACGCGAGAACAACCGGCAGCUGCAGAUUUCCCUGAAAGAGAGCACCAUGUCCCAGCGCAAACUGGAGUCCCAGCUCAUGACCAACCACAGCUCGGACUCCAGCAAGGAUUUCCGCAUCAAGGACCUGGAAGGCAGCAAACGCGCGCUGGAGCAGGAGAACGAGCUGCUGCGCAAGAAGCUCGAAGGCCAGUGCAGCAGCUCCACUCUGCAGACUAAGACGCAGGAUUUGUCCAGACAUUACGAACAGUUGCUGAAAGAACUGCGAGAGGAGAAAGACAAGGAGUUGUCGAGUAUGCGGUCUCAGCUGGUGAAGAUCCAGACAGAAUACACUACAGAACACUCUGGUGAUAAGAGCCUACAGCUGAGGAUCAAAGAGCUCCUGACCACAAUGGAGCAGCGCGAAACCACCAUCAAACGCCAAGAGGAGGAGAUCAGACGGCUGAAGCUGGAGAAGAGCAGCAGCAGCUCCGGCAGCACCACUCAGACCAUCGUUACUAAAAGGUACCAGAACCAGUACCCGAUCCUGGGUCUGCUAAGUGAUGACUAUCAGUACACACCAGCACCUUUUAGGGAAUCCAAGACCAUCGUCAUUAAGAGGACGGGGGAGUCGUGCAAGAAGGAAUUCACUACAUCCUAAAGACCAGGUGUCUCUCCGACAUGAUGAGCUCAAUGGCCAUCCAGAAUAUUUCCGCCAGUUCCUGCUAGAUCACCGCUCUUUCGUUUCUGACCCCUCUGUCCCCCUCUCCAUUUCCCUGUCCAUCCCUCUGGUCAUCGCACCAUCCAUUUUACUUUCCAUCUCCCUCUCCAUCCCUCUGGUCAUUCUUUUGUCCAUCCCUUUCUCCACCUCUCUGUUCAUCCCUCUUUUAAUCUCUCUGUCCGUCUCUAUUUCCAUCAAUCUGUCCAUCUCUCUGUCUAUCCAUUCAUCAUCUCUCAGUCUAUUCCUCUAUUUUUUUUUGUCCAUCUCUCGGUCCAUCCCUUUGCCCAUCCCUCUUUCACCCCUCCAUCUCACUGCCCAUCCCUCUAUCCAUCCCUCCAUUACUUAAUACAUCCCUCUAUCUCUAUAUCUCUCUGCCCAUCCCUUUGCCCAUUUCUUUGUUCAUCCCUCUAUCCUACAGUCCAUCCCUCUGUCUAUCUUUCUCCUCGUACUCCUGUGUAGAGCCUCUGUGGUUUCGAGUCUCGGAGUAAACGGACGUGAGAUUCACGCCGCAGCUCAGUUGCGAUCUCCUCCGCAGCUCCACCUGCUUCUGAGGGCACCUUGUGAUGAUCUAGUGGCUCACGUCUGGCACCAGGAUGUAGUUUUCCUUCAGCAUUUACAACAUUUACCAUUUCUGUUUACGAUGUUUUGUACUUUACACUUUCUGUAUCCUGGAGAACUUUGUAGCAUGGGGUUGCGGCACACGUACGGCACGAACGCGAAGCGGUGAUGGGAUUCGAGGCUUUCUAUCAGCAGAUGAGGUUUAUUUAGUUUGUUUCGGUUGCAUGUGGCGAAGAAUGAAUUAUGGAUUAUUGGAAAUAAAAGAGACGAGGAUUUGGGUUGAGGAGAACGUUAGUGUAUCGAGCAGUAAUAUAGCAUGAUUGGGGUUUAUUUGGUAUUUGUUUUGUUUUUUUUGUUUUGUUUUAAAUCCUAACGUCUCAGAGUUACUUUUAACACAAACCGAACGUGGCAGCUAACACGCUUUUUUAACUAAUCCGCAUUUUACCGUCCAAACCCACGACUUCUAAUGGUACUGACAAUAUAACACUUCAUAAUCGUUUAAAUGGUGCGAUGAUAGAAUGUAGCUUAAAAAGCUGCAAUUUUCGAAGUACCAAAUACACACACACACACACACACACACACACACACACACACACACACACACAAUAUGGCAAAAGUAUUGGGACACCCAACUUUUCACAGGUGUUCUUCCACAAAGAAAGUUGGAGGCACACAAUUUCACUGGACGUCUGUGGAUGUGGGAGCAUGAAAUUUCCCCUCUGUUUGAGACCCAAACCCGUUUCAGCACAAAGCCAGCUCAUGAAGAUCUGCAUUCCAUGGGUUGGAGUGGAAGAUCUCCUGCUGUAGUGCUUUAAACACUGUUGGGAUGAAUUUAAACGCUGACUGCACCUCAGGCCUCCUACAUCACUACCUGACUUUACUAACGCUCUUGUCAGCUGAAUCUCCACAAGCACACUCCAAAAUAUCAUUGAACAUCUUCCCAGAACAGUGGAGGGUAAGUGGGGACUCAGUGUGGAAUGGGAUGUUCAAAAAAAAGCACAUACAGAUCUUAUGGUUAGAUGUCUGCAAACAUUUGUCCAUAUAGUGUAUAAUUAUCUAAUGUACAUCUAAUGGCUACUUUGAUAAGAAAAUCUGCUUAUUCAGCUUUUUGGUUCUCCAGUCAGCCAAUCAUGUAGCAGCAGCAGCAAUAUGAUGCAGGAGAUAAUGAAGAUUUAGUUGCUUCAGGAGCUUCAGGUGGUGUGAUGUUUACAUGGAACAUCAGAACGAGGAGCAUCAUUGAGUAGUAUGAGUAGAAGUGAUCGUCUGCUCUUGUAGUCCAUGGAUCUGACCGUUCAGCAGGUUCUAAAGACACCAUAAAGAGUGCUAAUUUGAGGUACCAUAGCCUUCCUGUCAGCUCAGACCAGUUUUAGGAAGUCUCAGUAUUUCAAAAACUGCUGAUCUUCUGACAUUUUCACAGUUUGAGGGGGGAAAAAAAACAGCUGAGAACAGUUUGAUUCGACACUAAAUUCAAUUCAGAACAAAAAAUAAAGAAACACGUCAGAAUGCAUGACAUGGAUGAAGCCUGAACCAGAAGAAGACUUGAGGAGGAGGAACCUGAUGUGUUCUCCUGCCUCAAAGUUCAAUCUUGCCUUGUGUUUUCUGAGUUUUGCGUUUCCGUCCACAGAACUGGACGGUUUUCCUGUGUCCAGGUGGUUGUGAUUGAAAUGUUAGGAGAUCAGAUCAGAUUUUACAGAUGUUUCUGUUGAAGUUGCCAUUUGUUUUCAUAGCGCACGUGAUCUAGCACAGUUCACUGAAGAAUACGAGACCAACACAUGGACAUCUUUAGUUUAACUCGCAGCGGUGUGUGAAGAUGCGUGACCUCGUAUACUACUGACGACAUCUGCUGUACGCCGUCUUUCUGAAUGUUGCACGUGUAACAUCAAACUUUGUUCCAUUGCCUCUGUUUUUAAUUAAUUUUCUUUUGUAUAUGAUUUGAUUCUGCUUCGGGUUGUUACACUGCCCUCUGCUGCCUGCAAGGUGAAUUCCAAUAACAAUAAAAAACUUUAACAACUUUAA